UUUCAUUCGGAACUUUUUUGUUUUCACUAAUUUUCACGUGCUAUAUUACUUUAUUUAGAAAGGAGUAUACCAAUAAUUAACUUAGAAGUACAAGCUGGUUUUUACUUGAAAGGAAAAAUAAAGAUUUUUGAUAUCGAAGCUUCAGGUCACGUGCUUAUUAAUACUGACUCAUUUGACGUUGACAUUCAAAUGGCACCACUUAAUUGGGUGGGUGGGCUUAUCAAGGUGCAACGGAACUCAGACGAUAGCAAAAAUGGUCCAAUUUGUAAAAUCAAAGCAGGCGCGGAUGAAUUUGAAGUCCACAUCGAAGGAUAUGCCGAGGUUUUGGGAAUAAAUGGCGAAAUAAAAAUACUGGUCAGUGAUACAGAGUUUGAAUUUAGAGUUAGUGGUACAAUGUGGCCUGGAAUUUUUGAUGCCUCGAUAGAAUUAAAAGCGUCGUAUGGAAGCAUUGAUACUUUAAGUUUUUCAGUAAGUAUAUAUAGAUAUUUAAUAUAUCUCAUAAUUAUCAAUAUUUGUUAUUGCUUUAAAUGCGGACUAAUGACCAUUAAGAAGCCGUCAGGCGUUAGUUCCUGUUGUUUUUCAAGCAAAGAAACAUUAAAGUUGAAUUAAAAGCUUAGUUUUACCCAACACCUGGUUUAGUUAAUUUAACGUUCAGUAAGAAAUGGGGGAAGGGUAGACCUGAUAUU